UCACUAAGUUCAAAAAAUAAACAUUAAUUGACACACUGUUUUACUAAAUAUUCACCCAUAUUUCAGGACUUGUUUAUUUGUAAAAUCAUUUCUGAAAGCACAAAAUUAAUUGAAAUUAAUAAUAGAUUCUCAAGUAUCAAUUGAACAUUAAAUAUGGAAACAAUUGAAAAGCUAGAAGAUGAUAGCCAUAAGCCGGCUGACGAUGUGGAACAAAAGCUACAAGAAAUGUUCAAUGGAGUCUCGUCCCAGAAUGAUGAGAAGCUGAAUAAGAAAGACAAAAUAGCUAAAUCAACGAUCAAUAAGAAAGGAAUUAAAACGAAGAAGAAGUUAAAGAAAAAGGAAACACCAAUUUCGAAAAUGGAAAAUGUUCCUCAACCGAGCAAAUUCAAAGGGCCCUAUAUUCAACUCCGUCAAAAUAUCUCCACGGUUGUUAAUUUUCCCAUAAAUGAUGAUGAAGUCGAAAAACAUCAGUCCAAACAAAAGGGCUUCAACAAGUUUGUAGCGAACAGACAUGAGAAAAAUCAUUUGCGAGGAAUGCAUGCUUCAACUUUAAGUGUCAAGUAUGACGACCAAACCACGGAUCAUACAUGGAUUUGUAUAUUUUGUAAAAAAGGCCCCCACAAGGACAGACUGGGUGAUCUGUUUGGUCCAUACAUCAUAGAAUCUGAGCCAAAAUCAGAGGAAUAUAAGAAGAAGAAGAAAAUAUCUGAGUUGACUUUUAUACCGGAAAUGUGGACACACGAGAAGUGUGCUGUUAUGACCUGUGGUGUUUAUAUUUGUGGUAAUAAGAUUAUUGGGCUGGAGGAAGCUGCAACGUUGAGUCAGAGUCAAAAAUGUUCAUAUUGCCAGGAUGUAGGUGCCACUAUCCAGUGUCUCAGACGUGGUUGUACAAAUAUAGGACACGUAACAUGCUUUAAAACCUGCUCUCUCUCAGAUAACUUUCAAUAUUACUGUAUUGAUCAUACAUCUUUAUUAAAUUGAUUAAUUAUAUUAAAUUAUUCUUUUUUUAAUUAGUACAAAUACUUUCUUUUUGCAUUCAAUAACAAAGACAUUAUAG